AUAACCCGCUGAGUGGCCAACGCGUGCGCACCACCGAACCACUGAUAGAGAGUAUUGGGGAUUAAGCACCACCGCAAGGAUGAAGAGCACCGCCGCCUGUCUGAUAGUCGCCCUUGCGGCACUCUCCGCCGCUCACUCGGCACCCACCGAAGGUCAAGUUGCCCAGCAAACAGCCACCCAACUGGCCCUGGACAUGUACCAUGGUUGCCUUAAGGACCUCAGUGUUUCCUGUGUUCGUCCCAAGGCUCUGCAAUGGUUCAACGCGGCCCUUCGUCAGCCUGAGGUGCGCAUCACCGAACGUCUGUCCAUCGUCCGUACUGCGGAGAAGACCGAGUCCCGAUCAAUAAAUCCGGAGGAGCGCCUGUUCGACGACAUCGACAGCUAUCUGGCCAGUCACUCCCUGAGGAUCCAGGCUCCGGAGUACUUCCGCACCUCGGAGGCCCGCUCCCUGGUGCCCGAUUUCCUCAUGGCCAAUCCCCUCACUCAGGGCGGAGUGAUUCCACUGGCAGCUGCCAACGAAGGACGUGGAAUGAUCCGUAAGGCAAUCCUACCCUUCCUUUUGGGUCUGAAACUGAAGACCACCGUGCUGGUUCCUCUGGCUUUGGGACUCAUUGCCCUGAAGACCUGGAAGGCCAUGACUUUGGGUCUGCUCUCGUUGGUGCUGUCCGGCGCUUUGGUCAUUUUCAAGAUCGCCAAGCCCAAGAUCGUUAACUACGAGGUGGUGCACUAUCCCCACCAUGUGGAUCAUGUGGUGCCCCACCACAUCGAGCAUGUUGUGCCCCAUCACAUUGAGCAUGUGGUGCCCCAUCACAUCGAGCACAUUGUGCCACAUCACCUGGAUCACCACAUCGAUCACCAUGUGGAUCUGCCCGUGGAGCACAUCGAGCAUUUGGAGCAUCCUUCGCCCGCCUGGGAUCCUCAUGCCUGGGCUCGCUCCUCGCAGGAGCCGCAGGAUGCCCAGGACUUGGCCUACGCGGGUCAGAAGUGAGCCAGAGACAAGAAACCAAAACCCCCUAACGAAAUUCGGCCAAAAUGCAACCUUAUUUAUUUUGCACUAAGUUAAGUAGUUGAAACGCACGGCUCUCGGCGUAUUGUUUAUUUAUUUAUUUAUUGAGAAGUGUACAAAGCAAAAAACCAUAAAAA